CUGAACAGACGGAGCAAUGACAGGUUAACAGUGCAGAUAUCAGCUGUGACAGGACGUCCGACCCAGAGCUCUCUCAUCGCACGAAUACACAGAAGCCGUCAUGACUUCAAAGAUGGUGAUCAGGCAGCCUCAGCCUGUGAUGGACGCCCAAGGGUCUGACAAGUGGGGAUCUGGGAUAUGUGACUGCUGUCAAGACAUACCCGAGUGUUGCUUCGCUUUCUGGUGCUGUCCCUGCUUCGCCUGCAUAACCACCAAGAGAUACGGACAGUGUGUUUGUCUCCCACUGCUGGACAUCUUUGGCAUCAUCCCUCCCAUCAACAUGUCCAUGAGGGUCUCCAUGCGGCAGCGCUAUGGCAUCAAAGACACCAUGUGCAGGGACUGCCUGUACGCCACCUGCUGUGCGUCUUGCAGCUGGUGUCAGAUGUCCAGAGAGAUGAGCGAAAGAAAAAUCCCCAUCGUUCUGAUCAGCGCCAAGAACACAUGACCUCUCACCUCACUCGUCGUCACUUCCAGGGCUGUUGCAUAUUUCAAUGAACCCAAACCUGCUUCACCUGUAACAUGUUACAAGUACAUUCUAGACUGAAGCCCUUUAGGAGAGAAUAAUGAUACAAACAGCCCAAAAAGACUGAAAAACUCGAGCCAUAGAUUUUCACAGCAACAUCACUGGUUUUAAUUAUCAGGCAGCCUGCUUUAUAGAUGUUUUAAAAACUUUUUGUUAUGUUGUUUUUAAUAACUGGCAAAGUUUACUAUUUAUCAAAAGUGCAUUUAGCAAUUAAGAUAAAUCCCAACUUAAAUCAUAAAAAAGAAAUACAAGAUACAGCAUUACUAGUUUUAUUUUGCUUUAUUUACAGUAUAUAUAUAUAUAUAUAAAUGCACAUUUACUUUGUUUACUUAAUUUUCUUUAUUUGGCUUAUUUGCUAAUGUCACAUUUAAAAAGUUAAAUUUACUUAAUUUAUGAUUCAUUGUAAAUAAAAUAGAUUAAAUGUAUUUUUUUUUUGUGCAUCCAUACAGCAUGUUGUUUUGAGAAGGUAAAAAAAUAAUAUAUAUUAUUAUAAAAUGUAUAACACACAAAUGCCUAACACAGCUGCUAGAGGGAGCCACACACUUCACAUUGAGCCGGUUGGUUUUUAGAGCUGGUUGAGGUCAUGUGGGGUCACAGAGCAUCAGACCAAUGAUGUGCAGCGUCUUAAGUCACGUCUCACCUCACUGGCAGGAGGACAAAAUAACAAAAAACACUUCACAGUUAAUGAAGCUUUUCUCAGAAACAUGUUUUAGACCGACGGUCCAGAAGCACCGACGUCGAGUAUCUGUCGUCUUUCUGCCUCUGUAAGUUUUCAGAUCACGCGUUGCUUUGAAAAACUCACUUAUGACAAUGAAGGACUUCUCAGACCUAUUAAAGCUGACACACGCUGCUAUGUGGCACUCAGCAACUUCAUUUGUAUUAUGAUUUAGUGGAGACACAGUUUCCUGGAAAGAAGGAUGCAUUUGGUACUUAUUAUAGGGAAAAUAUCGAUAAUGAUUAUUUGCUGUAGUGUAGAAAAAAUAAAAAUGUGUCUACAGGCAAGAAAUUCCAUAUUUAUAGGUAGUACAAAUUCCAGUAAAUAAUUAAAAAUGUAUAAAUAUUUUUCUCUUUCUAGGAAAUUCCUGUUUUCUCGAGAAAUGGUAACACAUGACACAGUUCUUAUUUAUUACUUAAUUACUUACUUCCUAUGCAAUUGUAAAAUAAAGCACUACCAGUU